UUGCUGGAUUCUGCAGCACAAGUCUUCAUGAACAAGCCACACCGCUCAGAGAUUUCCCGGCUUUCAAAGGUCACAGAACUGCCACUAUGGUUAAAUGUCUUGUUUAAUGGUUGAGAGGUGUGGCGAAAUCUUGUUUGAGAACCCUGAUCAGAAUGUCAAAUGUGUUUGCAUGCUAGGAGAUGUACGACUAAGGGGUCAGACCGGGGUUCCUGCUGAACGCCGCGGCUCCUACCCAUUCAUUGACUUCCGUCUACUCAACAAUACAACACACUCAGGGGAAAUUGGCACCAAGAAAAAGGUGAAAAGACUGUUAAGUUUCCAAAGAUACUUCCAUGCAUCUAGGCUUCUCCGUGGGAUUAUACCGCAGGCCCCCCUCCACCUGCUGGAUGAAGACUACCUUGGACAAGCAAGGCAUAUGCUCUCCAAAGUUGGAAUGUGGGACUUUGACAUCUUCUUGUUUGAUCGCUUGACAAAUGGGAACAGUCUGGUGACACUGCUGUGUCACCUCUUCAAUACCCAUGGCCUCAUCCACCAUUUCAAGCUGGACAUGGUGACCUUGCACAGGUUUUUAGUCAUGGUUCAGGAAGAUUACCACGGUCACAACCCAUACCACAAUGCUGUCCAUGCAGCUGAUGUCACCCAGGCCAUGCACUGUUACCUGAAGGAGCCAAAGCUGGCCAGCUUCCUCACACCUCUGGAUAUCAUGCUUGGACUGCUGGCUGCAGCGGCUCAUGACGUUGACCACCCAGGGGUGAACCAGCCAUUUCUGAUCAAAACCAACCACCACCUUGCCAACCUGUAUCAGAAUAUGUCUGUACUGGAGAAUCACCACUGGCGAUCUACAAUUGGCAUGCUUCGGGAAUCAAGGCUUCUUGCUCACUUGCCAAAGGAAAUGACACAGGAUAUUGAACAGCAGCUGGGCUCCCUGAUCUUGGCCACAGACAUCAACAGACAGAAUGAGUUCCUCACCCGCUUGAAAGCUCACCUCCACAAUAAAGACUUGAGACUGGAGAGUGUACAGGACAGACACUUUAUGCUUCAGAUCGCCCUGAAGUGCGCUGACAUUUGCAACCCUUGUCGCAUCUGGGAGAUGAGCAAGCAGUGGAGUGAACGGGUCUGUGAAGAAUUCUACAGGCAAGGUGACCUUGAGCAGAAAUUUGAACUGGAAAUCAGUCCUCUUUGUAAUCAACAGAAAGAUUCGAUCCCUAGCAUACAAAUAGGUUUCAUGACUUACAUCGUGGAGCCCCUCUUCCGGGAGUGGGCCCGGUUCACCGGGAACAGCACCCUGUCCGAGAACAUGCUAAGCCAUCUCGCACACAACAAAGCCCAGUGGAAGAGCCUGCUGUCCAAGCAGCACAGACACAGGGACAGCGGCCAGGACCCUGCGGCCCCCACAUCGGAGACCCUGGAGCAGACGGAAGGCGCCACGCCCUGAGACAGCCGAGUCUGCAGGAGCAAGGCCCUCUGAUGGCCCUCGCCACAAACCCACCACUCUGGGCUUCGAAUGCCGCCCGCCUGCCACUGACCGCCCCCCUUCGCUGAUCCAAGUGUACAGAAGCCAUUGCCACCUCAGCAUGAGCUGCCGAAAUGAGCGGCUUUCGGCUUCGUCCUGUCUGUCCCUCGAGCUGAUUCUGGGGCACCUGCCCCAACCGAAAAGACCAGGAGUAAGAAAGAGGUGCUCCUGCCAUGUCCCGCUCUGGCCCUUGGUCACACUGACUGGCAGCGGCUCCUAAGUCCAGAGCAUUCUAGGGUUCGCCAUCUGACUGCUGACCUGCGCGACAACACCAGCAUCCUUGGAACUGCAAGACUGGUCUUCAGGGCCAGAGCACAAACGAGAGUGUGAGAGAAAGUACCUUCUAUUUUAAUAAUAAUUAUUAUUAUUAUAAGAUAAUAAUGAAUCUUUUUAACUUUUAUAUUUCCUGCACCAGACAAUGGGUCUAAAACUCUGGACUAAGAUUACUCAGUGUACCCAAACCUGAAGAGGGGGUUCAUUGUUUUGCUAUUGACUCCAUGCCACUUUUAGUCGGAGACCUGGCAUCCUUGUGAUUUCUGAGACCAUGUUUCCCCUCCCAUCUGGUGGAAGGUGCUGUACAGUUCACCCCUUUGCACCGCUAGUCAAUCUGUCUUUUACGGAUUCAGUGACCUGUUUAUAUUCACACAUGUACAUUUUUCUGUAAAUACCAAAUGCUACUGACUCCCAUGCCAAAAUACAUGAGUAUUAUGGGAUUGCUACCUGUAUAAACAAUGGCACUGUGAACAGAAUACUGUUAGUUUUAAUACAAGAGAAUGCGUUUGUAAAUAUGGUAUAGAGUUUAUUAAUAUACUGUUGUUCGCAGAUAAAGGCCUUAACUGUAAACAUCUUUCCUCUCCCCAAAGCUGCCCAACCUAAAUCUUUGCAGAUGUCUUUCUGAACUACCUGCCCCCGAUGACCAUCUCUCCGCUUUCCUGCUAAGGUCACAAGCCAAAACUGAGCAUCGUCUUGGAGGGAACGUUUUUUUUUUUUAUUUUUUUGGAAACUUCUCAUGCAUUCCUCUUGAGACCGUAGUUUUCAGUCUAUGGCACCAAGUAUGGUUUCCUCUGAAUAAUGACACCCUUUCAGCAAGACGGAAGUCCCUCUUCAGUGCAGCCAGAUUGCACACUGUUCUAACGAGCCAGCCGAUAAGCUUGUGUUUGUGACUCCUGUUAUGGAACACGGGGUGCAUCGACCUCACAAGAGACACAGCCGGUCUCAAAAGCCUUCUAUGACCCUGUCAUCUCACCAUCAGGGAACUCCCAAAGCCACACAUUUGUCUGUUAUGACUACAAUACCAAAGUCCCUUUGGUCCAUGGUUGGUUGGUGUGCAUUUCUUUGGUGUUGAUAGUAACUGGCUAUUUCUUUUUUUUUUUUUUUUUCUAUAGCUUCAUGUGAACAACUGCCCAACUAUUUAGCUGAAUUUAACAUUAUUUAAGGAAAGCAACUAUUUCAGUUUUGUGAGAGACUUUCCCUUCCCAGCAGGUCUUUGUGGUUCACUAGGCUGGAACCAGCAGUCAGCUUGGAAUUCUUCUGCCGCUCUUGUGCGGACAAUUGGCUGUAAAAUCUAGUGUGUUUCGGCACUCUUACUCAGCCAAACUCUGCGCGUUGAGCCUUUUCUUUAUAAGUUCUAGCAUAACCAAUGUUAGAUGGAAACUGCCAGUAACCUUUCUCUUUACCUUAAUGUAUAGGGGGAGAGGGAACCUUUCUGCCAUGAUCAAGCCGCUUCUCAAGCUGAUGGAGGCAGCUUGCUCUCACUCCCUAAGUACAACUCAUGGGGGUCUUUUUGUUUCUCCUAAUAAUACAAGUGAAAGGUUAAAAGCUUGAUUGGCCUGGAACACGUUCUUAUGGAGAGACUGGGGCUUGAAGACUUAAGGUUUUGGAGGGAAUUGGAAAGUUGAUUAUAUUUUCAUUAAAGUAGGCAAGGGGGUGCUGAAGACAGAGUGAAGAACUUAUGAAAUGGGUGGACGAUACGUUGAAAUUACGGAUAUGGGUAUGAAGGGAAGUUGUGGAAACUUAACACUAACUUUUGCUUUCUGUGGCAGCUAUGAGCUGACGUGUUUCCUUGUUGCUAUGAAAUUCUGAGGCUCUGAGCAUAAGCAGGGCCUCAAACAAGAUGGAUGGGUACAGCAGUUGGAUUCCUGCUCCAAACCCUCUCUUCUUUGGGGCUGUAGUAGUCUGGUUUUACGCAUAGGAGAUCAAAUUAAGGAAAUCGAUUGUUCAGGAUGACAGAAUAGAAACAGUACAGAAAACCCUGUUUUUAGCCAAUGAAAUCUCCACCUGGAGUCGAGGAAGUCGAGUUUGCUUGAGUUAUAAUUAUAUCGUGAUUUAAUUGGGAUGGGACAUUCUUAGUAAUUUCAGGUUUAUAGGCAAAAGGUGUUUCACGUUGCAAUUGAGUCUUAAAGAGGAGUUAACAAAUAAAACUACCAAAUAUCCAAUGGUUAAGACACAGUAUAAUGAAAAUCAGAAGUAAAAUGGGGCGUGAUGCAUAAACUAGAUGUACCUUCCUUUUUCUGCUGUCUGGAAACUUCUUGAGCUCCACAUUUGUUGGCAAAAA